CCACAAAACGCCAGUGAGCUCACCUCUCAAAUGCUGGACCAAUAGAAGCUGUCCCAAAGUGAUACAGUAUUGAGCACUUGGAGCCUCCCUUCCAUGAUACCAUGCUCUCUUUCAGGGCCAAGAGGGGAACAUCGAGGUACAUAAGUGUACAUUAGAUUGAAGACCUUCAUUCAAGAGCUGUCGGAAAUGCCCCGAUCGCUGACGUGGCAAAUUAUUUAACUCGAGCACUCCUCCCUCGCCCAGCCUAUAUGCUGCUUGUAGACAGAAGUUGUUAAGGGAAUCAUACAGAAAGUAGCGAUAUAUCAUUCUGUGAGCAUGCCCCCCCAUAUCACUGUUGUCCCCGCCUCGACCAGAGUCGGCAAAGAGACAAUUCGGCGGCUUCUAGCCUCCUCAGAGAAGCCUUUAGUUCGCGGCAUCUACCGUGACACCUCAAAAGCUCCUGCUGAGUACACCAACACCCAUAAUUUCGAGGCCAUCAAAGGAGAUGUUGAGAGUGGAGAUGGUCUUGACUUCACCGGCUCUGACGCAGUCUUGUAUGUGCCACCGCCGACAUAUGAAAAAAAGAUGGACCUGGCCGAUUGGGCGAGACAGACAGCUACUAAUGUCAAAGACGCGUUGCACCGCGCAAGCGUCAAGAGGCUUGUCAUCUUGUCCGGUCUAGGAUCUCAACAUGAUCGUGGUGUUGGCCUCGCACGCCUUAACCAUGAGACUGAUCAAAUACUCAAAGACGCUGUACCUGAUGUCACCAUUCUUCAGUGUACCAAUUUCCUGGAAGAGUUUAAGUAUAUCUUCCAAGCGCCAUUAGGGGACCCUCCAAGCAUCGCCUCUUGGAUUGCCCCAGGAGAUUAUAAAAUUCCAAUGGUCAGUAUCACGGAUAUUGGCGAAGCAUGCGCCAAGCAUCUACUUACAGACUCUGGAAAUCCCAACUUGCAGUGUCUUAAGAUAUUUGGCCCUCGUCCGUACAGCUCAAACGAUCUGAGGGAUGCCUUUGAGGAGGUGACCGGGAAAAAGGUUGAGCUUGUACUUGCCCAAGGCAAAGACUUGAGAGCUUUACUUGGGCAGCUUUUCCCAGAGCACUGCAUUCCGGACUUUAUGGAGAUUAUAGAAGCAUCUUUACCUGGCGGACUAAUUGCGGAGGAAUAUGGCUAUGAUGAGAAGACUAUAACGGGGAAGGUUGAGUUGAUUGAUACUCUUCGCGAACUGAAUAAGAAGUACAACGUCUGAGUAAUUGAUGUUGCGCUGCUUCAGGCUGAACCUCAUAG